CUCCAAGCUUUGAUAAUAGCUGUCAGAUGAGUAUACUUUAAGUCUUCUGGGGUCAAGACUCUGAAGCUAAUUCGAACGUCCGAGUGCUAAUAUUUUGCACAACUGUACUUACUGUGCAUCUGCCGCGAAACCUACUCGCACUACCCCACCAACUACUAGCACAUUUGAAGCAGAAUGGGCCGUGAAGAGCAGGUCGAGGAGCGCGAGGUGCUCGACUCCAUUUUUCCCGAAGAGAUUACAGAUAUUUCCGACACCGCAUACCGGAUAUCGAUUAACUUAGAGACGCCCGAAAAUGACGCCCGAGACGAGGAAGAAACCGAGCAGCCAGUCCUGAUUCUUCAGGUAUCAUACCCACCAGAAUAUCCCGACGUUGCCCCGGACCUGGACAUCUCGGCCCCUCCAAAUGCGCCCAAGCACCCUCUGCUAGACAUCCAGGAAGAUCGUGAUCGGCUCCUUGAAGCUUUACAGCCAACUAUCGAGGAAAACUUGGGAAUGGCUAUGGUCUUCACUCUGGUCAGCACUUUGAAAGAAAGUGCCGAACUGCUCAUGGCUGAACGGGCGAACGCUGUCCAGGCCGCGAAAGAGAUGGAAGCUGCGAAGGCAGAAGAGGAGGAGAAUCGGAAAUUCCAGGGCACAGCGGUGACUCCUGAAACAUUUUUAGAGUGGCGAGAGAGGUUCAGAAAAGAAUUGGAGGAAAAGGAGCAGAAAGAGCGCGAGGAGAAAGAGGCGGACGAAAAGAGGGCAAAGAAGGCACUGGUCAAAGAAGAGAAGAAGCUUACUGGCAAGCAAUUAUGGGAGAGAGGUUUGGUAGGGAAAGCAGACUAUGAUGAGGAUGAUGAGGAUGCUAUUCCGGCCGCUGUUGAGAAGAUGAAAAUUACUGCAUAAAGAAGUAGUGCUGGUAUAUCUGGGUUGAGUUUGCUCCAGCAUUCACCUGUACAUAUCUGGAUCUAAUAUUGAAUACACUUGCUGCGAGUAGCGCU